AUGACGGAGGAGGGUCAUUCGGCCAACAAGAAAGCGGUCCCGCCCAAGACCACCCGGGCGAAGCGAAAGCGGGCUGCUGCCGACGAUGGGGGCAGUCCAUCUGAAGAGGCGCCCGUCGUCAAGCGGCCACGCGGGAAGGCGACCAAGGAUUCCUCUACACCAACGACGAGGUCCAGGUCAGUGAAGCCGGCGGCGCAGAAAGCAAUCACCAUCAGGGCUUCUGCUAAGAUAAGAAAGACCUUCGAUGAGCCGACCCUAGACGCCGAUGUGGACGCCCCGUUCACCAGCAAGGGGCGUUCACAAAAGGCACCUAGAGCGAGCCGCAACACUCGAGCACACAGCUCGUCCACAAGCGGUGCCUUCUCGGUCGCGGCCAAGGGUACCAAGCAUCGCCUCCGCUCGCGUAGUCUCUCCCCCGGCAGCAGCAGCCACCAUGCCAGGAGGGGAAGGAGCCGUGGCCGAUCCCGACACUCGUCCCGCAGCGGCCGAGGUGGCCGCAAGCACAGAGGCAGUCGCCGGGGGACGUCGACCACCGGCUCGGAGAGCAGCCGAGGCCGAAAGAGGGGACGCAGCAAGAGCCGACGUCACCACCGCUCCGUGAGCGGCUCGUCUGCCGCGAGCGCGACCACCAAGAGUGGCGGACGUAAACGGCACCGCCGCGCCCGUAGCAGGUCGUCGAGCCGUCGAGGUAGGCGGGUGAAGUCGAAGAAGGCGGCGAGCAGGUCGUCGUCGAAAUCACGGCGGGCCAAGCGGACGAGUUCUUCCAAGCCCAAGAAAAGUGCCAAGGGCAAGUGA